AGCACGACAUUGUCACAUGAAGUGAUAUAUCAUCAGGUCUCACCAAUACUACAGGUAUUAGCAAAAUAGGGUCGAGGAAGGUCUCAGAGCGGCGAUACCAUUUCGCAACUCGACGUAUCGUUCGUGAGUGCUCGGACCGUAGUUAUGUUUUGAGCCGAAUUUAUCUCAUAAAUCUUUGAGUCAUAAUUUGAGUCAUAUGAUACAUGACUACACAGAUCCUGUGCCCGUGGUGUAUAUAUCUACCAAUUAGCGGGGUACAUUGAAUCGGCAUAAAACAAGCCAGUCCACUCAGUCAAGAUCGAACUAUAGGUGUUCAACACCGGCUUGCGAACUAUUAUUCGGGGAGAGAGAAAGGGGACAAAAUGACCAACCAAAUUUCUCGAGAUGGCCGAACAUGGAGGCAACAUUUCCCAGACGGCGAUCUUUGGGUUUUCGGUUAUGGGAGUCUGAUAUGGAAACCACCUCCUCAUUUCGAUAAACGGGUUCCCGGAUACAUUAGCGGAUAUGUGCGACGGUUCUGGCAGGCCAGUACUGAUCAUCGCGGAACACCAGAACGACCGGGACGAGUGGUCACGGUGAUUGAGAAAUCGUUCUGGGAGACGUUGGAUGAUCCGCAUAAAACUCUCGAACCAUCCUAUACAUCAACAGUAUGGGGUGCCGCAUACCACAUCCCCGCUUCUCAUGCAGAAGAGGUACAUGACUACUUAGAUGUCAGAGAAAUAGAUGGUUAUACAGUGCACUACACGCCGUUCUAUACCGUAUCUCCUCAGAAAGACGGAGAACACACCAAAAAUAAAAUGGGAUAUUCGCCCAGACAACAAUCACCGCCGCCCUCCGAACUCCUCGCAACUUCCUCCUCCCAAAAACCCAUCACUUGCAUGGUCUAUAUCGGCCAACCGACCAACCCUCAAUUCCUACGUAACCCUGCCGAACGCGACCCUGCAGCGGUGGCAGAAGUAAUCAGCCAAGGGGUAGGGCAAAGUGGUCGCAAUCCCGAGUAUUUGUAUUUAUUGGAAAAGGCGCUUGAAGGGUUAGGAUUGGGCCUUGCGGAUGGACAUGUAACUGAUUUGGUGAGACGAGUGAAGGUGAUUGAAGGAUUGCAUGAUCGAAAGGGUCAGGCGGAUGAGGAAGAGGAGAAUGCCGAGAGGGAAGUGGAGAGGAAUUUUGCUGCUGUCGGCGCAGGUGGGACGGUGGAUUCAAUAGAAUAGACGAUAUUAAAAUAAAGUAGACACUGCAAUAAGACACAGGGUUGUGUGAAUGUUCUGCACGUGGUACAUAUCUCACAAAGGCCUGGGGAUGGAAAAGGGACCAUGCUAUAUGACCAAAUACACGACUCAUACAAGACCUAAUAUGAAGACAUCUGCGAAUUAAAUCAUAUCCCAUCCAUCUAAGCAGUAUGUUAAGCUGUCGCACACACAAGACAAGACGUAUUGAUCUACACGCGAAUAGCAUGCGAAACGAAGAUAGAAAACAAAACAUAAGGAAAUACAUCGUCGAAUAAUCAAGAAACCGUCAAACGUCAAACGCUUCGAGAGAAGAAAAAGUUCGAGUUCGUAUGAGCGAGCAAUCUAAUUUGCUUGAAAUAAAUCAAAACAAUCCUUGAAAAGAAAUAAUCAUCAUAAAUCAAGACAUCUCUCGCCCAGGUAUUCAAACAUUGGCAUUUGCGCGUAAUAGUUUCUUCUCGUCCGAUCUCAUUAUCCAUUCGUUGGUUUUUUUUUUUUUUUUUGUGUUUAAUUUGGUUGUUUGGGAAAGAAAAGAAAAGUUGGUUCAGGAGUGAGUGUGAGCGUGUGUAAGUGCACGUUUCGAUCGAAGACAUCGACUCGACCGAUUGAUCAUAAAUCAGACUUGACUUCGGUAUGGUCGCUGUAAUUUUUAGGCAGACCCUUGUCCUCCUUGACCUUGGUAUUGAUUCCCACCCCA